AUGACAAAUACCGUUCAACUGAAACCAAGCCAGUUCGAACAUUCAAUUGUAGGUAGUGGACAUACCUUCCCAAAUGCGUCGGAGUUUCGAGAUGUAAUCUAUUUGAUGUCUUUGGCUGGAAAAUUUCGAUAUUCUUACAAAAGGAAUAGUCCAAAACACAUGACCGUAUUAUGCACAAUUGCAGAUUGUCCUUGGAAAAUCACUGCGCGUGCAAUAGGGGAUUCAAACAUUGUUCAAGUACACACAUUCCGAAAUGUGCAUAACCAUUGCUUGGAAGAUGUUGUCUCGUCUCAGCCUUUAGUGAGAUCCACUUGUGUAUCGUUGGUCAUUGAUGAUGUCAUUCGAUCUACUCCUGAAUACCAACCAAGCCAAAUUUGUAAGGACUUUGUAAGGCAACAUGGCAUCCACUUAACUUACCUACAAGCAUGUCAAAUGAAGGAGAAGGCUAAGGAGCGCAUUUAUGGACAACCCAAGAAUUAUUACAAAUUGUUGCCAUGGAUGUGUGAAAGAAUGCUUGCAACAAAUCCGGGAUCGAGUGUUGAGUUGAGUUAUUCCGAUGAUGACCAUUUUGCGAAGCUUUUUGUUUCUCAUUCAAUAUCUAUCGAAGGGUUUGUAAGGGGGUGUCGACCAAUCAUUGCAAUUGAUUCGGCCCAUAUGAGUGGGCCUUAUGGCGGUGCUCUAUUUUCAACCACCUCUUACGAUGCUAAUGACUCCAUGUUCCCCUUAGCCUUUGGAGUGAUGAGCUCGGAAAAUUAUGAAGAUUGGUUAUGGUUCUUGGAAAAACUGAAGAUAGUUGUGGGAAACAAGGAAGUUAUUAUUAUCUCAGAUAGACAUCAUGCUUUGCUUCGUAGUGUCCCUGAGGUGUUUGGCAUUGAAAACCAUGCUUAUUGCUACCAUCACCUGAAGGAGAUUUGUAGUAGUUUCUUGUCCAAGCAUAACACACGAGGGAACAAGGGUAAAGAAAAUGCAUUGCAAUUCCUAGAUAGCAUUGCGUAUGGAAGGUUAGAACAUGAUUAUAACAUUUCCAUGUUUGAACUAAAAAAAUACAACGAGGCUUUAGCCACAUGGGUUGAAGAAAAUGCGCCGCACCAUUGGGCCAUGUCAAAAUUCCCAAAACAAAGAUGGGAUAAAAUGUCUACGAACCUUGCCGAGUCAUUUAAUGCUUGGUUACGGAUUGAAAGACAUCACUCUAUUUGUAAUUUUUUAUUGGAGCACAUGUCCAAGUUAGCUUCUAUGCUUGUGAAGCAUCAAGAAGAGUCCAAGAAUUGGAAAGAGUGUAUAGGGCCAAAAAUUAAAGCUAAGGUGCAGGAAAAUAUUGCAAAGGGUGCGGUGUAUCCAGUCACACCAUUCAAGAAUGGAGUAUUUGGGGUAUGUAUCGGGAGAGCCUUGUUGAAUGUAGACAUUCUGAACCGUACAUGCACUUGUAGGGGUUGGCAAAUGUUGGGAAUCCCUUGUGAGCAUGCCACAGCCGUCAUUAUUUCCAUUGGUCAAAAUGUUACUGAUUUCGUCGAUGAUUGCUACAAAUACCCAAUGCAAGAGUUGAUAUAUGGGGGCUCUUUCUCCGGCAUAGAGACCCAUGACAUGCCUACUGUGGACGAUGAUGGUUUGGUUCGAUCUAUCACCGGGGAGGUGUUCUUCUCUCUAAAGCCUCCACAUACAAAGCGCCCUCUCGGAAGGCUAAGGAAGAAGCGCAUUGAGUCCCAAUUUCAAGAUAAACGGACUGUUUAUUGCUCUCGUUGUCAUAUGUCCGGCCACAAUAGAAAAACCUGCAAAAAUCCUUUGCCCUAA